AUGGCUCAAUUCAGUGUGUUUCUGCUAUUGUCUGUGACAUUAUUAUGCACAUUUUUCCUGUACAAUACGACUGACUGGUCGAAGGCGGCUUCCAGCAGCAUAUUUGAAGCUUCAGCUCUGAACAAGUACAAAAGCGACCUUCCUCUUGAGAUAAAUGAGGCUUACGAUGAGUGGCACAAAUGUAUGAGUGACAUUUUAUACCCACUUCUGGAAAAUCCCGAAAAGCUCUGGUCUACCUUUCGAGACAGUGUAGGAAUCUGUCGAAAGCAGACUGUUAUGAAGAAACUGAAUCUAACUGGAGUUAAAAAUAAAGACGAGUUCAAGUAUCACCUUUAUAACACCACAGAUAAAACGCCUUCCGUUGUAAUCACUCUGGGAGUUGGAUGGGACGUACUUGCUGAAAAGACUCUUAAGACUCUGCUACCAAACGGUUCGCUCUUCUUCGGCGCUGAUCCUGUGUAUGAAACUAACGACAAACUCUACUCAACAGUCGGAACAUUCUUCCCCAUUGCUGUCGGCAACGAGACUAAGGUUACCAAAGCAUUUGUCAUGCCCAAGGAGUUGAAAGGUGAUUAUGAAUUUCAAACCAUGGUUCACAUCGAUGUGAUCACGUUUCUCACUAAGUUGACACGAACACCUUUCAUCGAUCAAUUUUUGAUGGACAAUGAAGGCCCUGAAUACGAUAUCAUUCCUAUGAUGGGAGUUGGAAAUGAGUUCGAUCAAAAUGGACUUGCCGUGUGUCAGAUAAACGCUGAGAUUCACCACAUACACGAGGAUUUUAAAGAACGAUUCGCCUCUCUGAUAAAAAAGCUUUUGAGCGAUCGCCGUUAUGCUAUCUUGGAUGUUGUAUCAACAGGACAUCAUCGCACUUUUUUGUUGAACUUCGGGAAUAAAAAAUGUGCUGAGAAAUAUCUAGCACAAUUUUUUAGAUAAAUCUUGAUUUCAUGGAUGAAAACAUUCUCCGCCUUGUUGUACAGUUUGCCUGUCUGCGUUAUUUGCGCAUUUGAAAGCUGUGUAAGAUUUGCAAGUUGACUUAACCAAUAAACUGCGCAGAUGAAUA